AUGUCUGUAGGCUUUAAAAAGAACACCAAAAAAGAAACGGAGAACGAGAUUGCUGCCUUCAAGAGUAAGAAGGGGUUCAUUCAAAAAGGUGUCGAUGAUCUUGUCAUGCUUCCGAAGAUCGAUGAAACUGAAAUUGUCGACAAUUUAAAGAAACGGUAUAACUACGAUGCCAUUUACACCAACAUUGGCCCAGUCCUUAUCGUUAUCAAUCCUUUCAAAGACCUUGGAUUGACCACUGAUGAGUAUGUUCGACUGUACAAAGGGAAGUUUAGACAAGAGCUUCCUCCACACAUUUUUGCUCUUGCAGAAGAGACUUACCGAGCUAUGAAAAACGAGAAGUCGAAUCAGUGCUGUAUCAUUUCUGGUGAGUCCGGUGCUGGAAAAACCGUAGCUGCCAAACAAAUCAUGCAGUACAUUGCGGCCGUCUCUGGUGGAAAUGAGAAAGUCGUGUAUGUCAAGAACGUCAUUUUGGACUCCAACCCACUGUUGGAAGCUUUUGGUAAUGCCAAGACUUUGAGAAACAACAACUCCUCCAGAUUUGGGAAGUACUUUGAAAUCAACUUUGAUGACCACGCCGACCCUGUUGGAGGUACUAUUACUAACUAUUUGCUUGAGAAGUCGCGAGUCUGCAUGCAACAAACUGGCGAGAGAAAUUACCACAUCUUCUACCAAUUGCUUGCCGGUGCUUCAAAGCAAUAUUUUGAUGACUUCUACUUAACCACUCCCGACUAUUUCAUGUUCACGAAUCAAUCAAACUGUGUGUCAGUUGAUGGUAUUGAUGAUAACAAGGAGUACGCAGAUUGCGUCAAAGCAAUGAACACUAUUGGGAUCAGCGAACAGGAACAGUACUGGAUCUUCCAGUUGGUAGCUGCUGUGCUUCAUAUGGGUAACAUCUAUUUCACGGAGAAUUCGUCUGGAUAUGCCGAGAUUCAAGACAAAGAAGUUCUGAAAACAGUGGCGUAUCUUCUUGAAGUCGAUGCGGGUCAAUUAGAACACGUCAUGAUUGUCCGUAAGUUGACGACAGGUGUCGGUGCGCGUGCUGAAGUCUUUGACUCUCCACUGACUGUGAUGCAAGCUGAAGCUACGCGGAAUGCUAUUGCGAAAGAAAUUUAUGAUCGUAUCUUCUCGAUGCUUGUUGUGAAGGUGAAUAAAGCGUUGCAGAAGCAUGGCAUAGAGCAUCGAUGUGUCAUUGGUAUUCUUGAUAUUUUUGGGUUUGAAAUCUUCCCAGUGAAUGGAUUUGAACAGUUCUGUAUCAAUUACGUGAACGAGAAGUUGCAACAGUACUUCAUUGAGUUGACCUUAAAGACGGAACAAGAGGAAUACAUUGCUGAAGGGAUCAAAUGGUCACCAAUUAAAUACUUUAACAACAAAGUUGUCUGUGACUUGAUUGAAGCAAAGAACCCACCAGGAAUGUUCAGUUUGCUUGAUGAUAUUUGUGCGACAAUGCACGCGCAGACUGAUGGGUGUGAUAUCAAGUUCCUUGAAAAGGUCUGUUCUGUCCAUUCAACAAAUCAACACUUUGCACCCAAUGGAGACUCUUUCACUAUUCAACACUAUGCAGGCCCUGUCUCUUAUUAUUCAGAAGGAUUCUGCGAGAAGAAUAAAGACACUUUGUUCCUCGAGUGUAUUGAGUGUUUGCAGACAUCGAACAAUCAAUUGUUGUACGACUUGUUCCCUUGGAGUGCAGAACAAGAAGCCGCUAAGACGGGACAAAAGAAGAGACCAACUACUGCUGGGUUCAAGAUCAAAACUUCUGCAAAUGAACUGAUGACUGCGCUGUCACAAUGUUCUCCCCAUUACAUUAGAUGUAUUAAGCCAAAUGAAACAAAGAAAUCACAGGACUGGGAUGCUGAUAGAGUCAAACAUCAGGUCAAGUAUCUUGGACUUCUCGAGAACGUCAAAGUUAGAAGAGCCGGUUUUGCUUACAGAGCGCCAUUUGCUCGAUUCUUGCAGACGUACAAGAAACUUUCACAGAAGACUUGGGGGUCAUGGGGUGAAUGGACUGGCGAUGCGCAAGAAGGAUGUCGUGUGAUCUUAGAAGGGUUGACAAACAUUGAACAGGGACAAUGGCAGUUUGGUAAAACGAAGUUGUUUAUUCGACUUCCCGAGUCCAUUUUUGCGAUUGAGGAAAUGCUCGAGAAGAUGGAAUUUGACCGGUCUGUUGACAUUCAAAAGGCCUGGAAGAAUUAUCGAAACAGAAAGAGAGCUUUGUCGCAACGAGCAGAGGCAGCUUCUAUCAUGAAAGGGAAGAAAGAGAGACGAAGAGAAUCCAUGGACUUUGCCAAUAACAAGUGGGUUGCUGAUUAUAUUCUUUAUGAGAAUGAAAUACCAUUACAAGAUGCUAUGGCAGAUCAUAUGGAUGAAUUGGUCAAUUACUCUGAUGUCGUUCUGAGAGUCAACAAGAAAGGGAAACCCGAGAAUAGAUCCAUGUUGCUCACCGACAAGGCUAUUUACUUUGCUCAGAAACAAAUUAAAAAGAAAAUCUUGAAGUACAUUGUGACCUUUAGAGGAGACUUAACACAAAUUAGUGAAGUUGUGAUGUCUACUAUGCAAGACAAUUUCAUGGUCAUUCGUGUCAGAGGUGCUUACGAUUCUGUUAUCAUUUGCCCACAUAAAACAGAGUUCUUAAUGAUGUUACUUGAGAACUAUAGAGCUCUUACUAAUGGUCAAAGCUUCCCUAUUAACUUCUCCGAUACUAUCUCUUUUAGAGGAAAAGAUGAGAAGAAAGACAAGAUCUUGACUUUCAAGAAAGAUGACGGCCCGAAGGCUAUCCCCGUCGAACAACAGAAAUCAUUUGCUAAACACGUCUUGGUCAUGACUGGUCUUUCAAAAGACACAGACUCAACACCGGGCAAUUUCAACGCUUCCGUGUCAAGUUACUCGGCUCCAGCUCAACAACAACAAGCGUAUCAAGCUCCAGUCCAACAACAGGCUCCCGCUCAACAAGCUUACCAAGCACCCCAACAACAACAACAAGCAGCUGCUCCAGUCAAAAAGUCUCCACCAAUGCCACCAAGAGCUGCACCACCCCCUCCAAAGCCUAAAUUGCCACAAGUCAAAGCUUUAUAUCCAUAUACUGCUGCAAACGAUGAAGAGUUGUCAUUCAAAGUAGGUGAUAUCAUCACUAUUUUAGAAAAGGAUGAAGGAUGGUGGAAAGGAAGCUUGAACGGCGCUGAAGGUUGGAUUCCAAAUAACUACGUUAAGGAGCUUUAA